AAGCUAGGGUUGUGAUAUAAUUGUAAUAAAGCAUGAAUAAUUGCACAUUUAUCACGAAAUCGUGCAUGAGAUAAUUUCUCAUGGACCAAUCAGAUACAUCGUUACAUUGCCUCGCACCAAAACACAAACUACGCCAUUUGUAUUUCAUGCGGGUAGACUGAGAACCAACAAAAUGCUGUACCUGGAAGAUUACUUGGAGAUGAUCGAAAAUCUGCCCAUGGAAAUGCGAGAGAGGCUAACUGAAAUGCGUGAAAUGGAUUUAGAAGUUCAAAAUGCCCUUGACAGUCUGGAAGAAAGGGUCAAGACUUUUUUCACCAAAUGUGUUACACCAAAUGUGAAGCCUGAAUGGAAAGAAGAACAAUUUCAGAAAAUAAAACAGGAUUACUAUAAGGCCAAAGAAGAUGCAGAUGAAAAAGUGCAGUUGGCUAAUCAUAUAUACGACUUGGUUGAUAGGCAUUUACGAAAGCUUGAUCAAGAGCUGUCCAAAUUCAAGAUGGAACUAGAAGCAGAUAAUGCAGGAAUCACAGAAGUAUUAGAAAAGCGAUCUCUUGAGUUGGACAAGCCUCAGCCUCCUAUCAGUAAUCCACACAAGGCAGAAAAGAGACGACUACCUCAGACCUCUUCUCUGGUGACCAACCAUGCCCCAGAGAAACGGCCAACCACCGAAGUGCUUUCAAAACUAGCAACAGAGGCAGCCAAGGAAGUGAUUCGCCGGUCAGACUCUGCCGGGAACUCCCCUGCCAUGGCCAUGUUCAACUCCAGUGCAAGCUCAUCCCCAAUUGCAUAUAACUUAGGUCAUAUUGGUGCUGGAAGCAAUGCGGCCAUAGCUGCUGCCGCGUCUCAGGCCAUCGCCGCCACACAACAGGUGAGAAUGCAGCAAGGUCGGAGGACCUCCAGUAUGAAAGCCAGCUAUGACCUUAUGGGUCGCCCAAUUCCUGUGGUUGCCAAAGAUUUGUCCUUGAGCUUUCCUGCACAGACAUCUGCUCCAACCACUCCAGACUCAACACCCAGAUCCUCCAGAACAAAGAAACCCACAACAAAAGCUGCCGCCCUUGCCCAACAGCACACCACCCAGCCUGCCCCUCCGGCAGCAGUGGCUGCACCCAUACCACCCCCGGUGCCUCCUGUGGCACCACCCCCUGCCGUGGUCCCAGAACCUGUGGAAGACUACAAUAGUGACCUCCAGGUGGAUGACUGGAGCAGUGAUCCCAAUGAGCCACGCUACUGUCUGUGCAACCAGGUGUCGUACGGAGACAUGGUGGGCUGUGAUAAUGAUGAUUGUCCUAUCGAGUGGUUCCACUAUGGCUGUGUGGGUCUGACACAAGCACCAAAAGGCAAGUGGUACUGCCCGCAGUGUACAGCCGCCAUGAAGAGGCGGGGCAGGAGGUGACAGCCUCACAGCCAGGAGAGAAUGUGGACUUUUGUGUUGUGUGGAUAUCCUGACUGGAUAAAAGUGGCUGUAUGUGUGAUGAUGUUGUUGUGCCUCUGUGGACAGUGUACAGAGCAGUGUCUACUCGAGAACUAAGUAUAAUAGAGACGUGUCUGCUUGGGAACCAAGUGUAACAGUGGCGACUGCUUGAGAACUGACAGAGAUGCAUCUACUCUGGAACUAACAGAGCUGCGUCUACUUGGGAACUAACGGAAUGGCAUCUACUCUGGAACUAACGGAAUGGUGUCUACUUGGGAACUAACGGAAUGGCGUCUACUUGGGAACUAAUGGAGUUGCAUCUACUUGGGAACUAAUGGAGUUGCAUCUACUUGGGAACUAACGGAAUGGCGUCUACUUGGGAAUUAACGGAGCAGCGUCUGCUUGGGAACUAAUGGAGUGGCUUCUACUCAGGAACUAGUGUGGCUGUAUGUGUACUUGUGCUGUUGAAGGUCCUCUGAAGACUGUCUCUACUUUGGAACUGGAACUAGCUUCCAUUUAGUGAGUGAUGUUUGUGGAUGAUGGAUGUGGGAGUUUCUUCAGUGGAUAAUGUGAUGGUGUUCUUCAUACAAGGAUGCUUGGAUGUCCGAAAUGGACAAAUACGAUGAUUAUGUGUAAAAAUCUUUUUCAGAAUGUAACAUCAUUGUGAUCCCACCGACAAUUUUGUAUCACAUUUCUCUGCUUGUCAUUCUGUCGUGUUACCCCAUGUAAUUUGUUACAGCUGUUUGUUACCGACUUUGUCAACAUUCAAUAUCCUGGUAUUACUCUUUCAACACAUGUCCUGCAUCUGCUUACUGAAAGAUGAACAUGUCCUGGUUCCAGUUACAAAUACAUUUCCAAUCUAAUACUAACCAGUAACUGGCUGUAUUUUUUUCAGAUUAGUCUAUCAAGCCCAAGACUGUUCAAAAACCUUCCUUCACCGUUCUUAUGGUUCCUUAUUUGUCAGCACCAUACCCAUGCACUUGGGUUUCAUCAAAUUAGUAAAAAACCUUUACCAGCACAGAUUCGGGUUUUCCUUCCACAUGUUGACACAAUGCUGCAUUACACCCAGGUCACUCACUGACUCACUCCAAACUUUUUCACACCAAAUAGCUCACACUGACACUGGUUUACAAGUCAGAGAAUUUAAUAGAUUUGUUUUCUGGAUAGUAGUUAAGGGAACUUAAUGCAACCCCAACAAUGGCAGUCUUAUGUUUCACUUCAUGCAAUAUAUCCUGAUUCAUCUCUCGUCUUCUGUUACCAUUGUUACAGUAUGCUGCCUCAUGGUUGCUGAUAAAGUAUGUGUCUUGAUAAUUAUGAUACUGGUACUGAUGGCAUGGCAGUGUCCUGAAGAAACUUUGGAUUAAGAAUCAGGAUUGAAACUUGACCUUGAUAAACCAAGCCAUGACUAUGAAUGACAACUCAAUUUGUUCACAAAAUAUGCUUUUUCAAUCCAAUCCGGAUGGCCUAGAAUAGUAAUAGUAAAUACAUGUACAGUCGGAUUCCCUUGGUGUUUAAAACAUGUAACCACAGCAUGAGAAAGAGAAUGAGUUGGCUGGGAAAACCAUGUGUUCAGCGUGUGUAGGUCAAUCAGCAUGAAAAGCAUGAUAACCCAGAUUGUUGAGAGGUGACCAUGGUGAUGCUAGGUGUGUUGGGGUGAAUAGUUUUUUAGAAGCUGGAAACCUUUGUUUUGGCACGUUUCCACUUGGGAUCGAAAGAAUAAUGAGAAAUUCAUAGUGUGAAAUAGGAUAUAUAUUAUAAAUAUACAAUUUAUUGUAACAUUUACAAUUAAUCAUUCAAGCAUCCUGAUGUAUUGCAAGAUUUGCAAUACCUGGAUAUUUCCAGACAAUUGAUUUAACAUGAUUUAACCUCCAAACAAAACAUCAAACAUGAUACUUGGAACCAGGACAUGUAUGUAGGCUUAAGAGUUGCGUGCCCAGAGGCGUCUGUGUGAUUGGUGUUUGAAUGUCUCGUGUUGUGCAGUUGCGUGUGUAGCAAGUGAACAAGAAGCGAACAAGUGUGCAAAUGGUUGUUUAAUGCUGGACACUUCUAUGAAGUGGGCCACGCAUGUUACUGUUGUGACAUGUUUACUCUAGGAACAUAAUACAGAUAUUUAUUCUUUCCAUUAGAAGCAUCAACAAUGUUCAUCAGGAACAUCGUGGGGGAAGUUGGUGAGAGGUACUACCCACUGUUGUCAGGACACUAUGUAGUGCUUCCAUUUGGAAAGUCAACUUUCGCUGCAACUUGUGAUAACAAUAAACUACUUUCUAUUUCA